GGCUUGCAAUUGCUUAAUCCUUCCACCAAUAUACCACCGUAUACAAUUUUUUGAGACCUUAACCCACUAAUAAGUGCUCUUUUCUCUUUUUUUUGGCAACUAUGACGGAUAAUUCUCCAAGUGUCAGGAGUCGUAUAUCAUCUUUAGCAGCUGCCGGCCUGACGAGUACACCGACAGGUCCUUCUAGAAAGCCUGUUAGCACAACCGCUACCACACCUAGGACUGCAAGCACUACGGUCAGAGCUCCCGUGACCAAGUCAGCAGCAGCAGCCACAAAAGCUUCGACCCGUACAGCCGAUACGGCUACUACUAAUUCGCUCACUAGGCCGACUGCAAGCUCACUUCGCGCUUCAAAAGUUCCUGCUGGUUCUUCCUCAAGGUCUGGGACAGCAACAUCAACUACAUCGCGUGCUACCACUACACCUGGUGUGGCCAGGAGACCAGCCCUUACCUCGUCAGGAACGGGUACAACUGGAACAGGUUCUACAGCUUCACUUACUCGUCGAACAACAGUUCCUUCAGCACGCUCAUCAGUUAAUUUAAGUAGCAACUCUACUUCGGCCACAAAUGACAGUAGUCAUAGCACUAGUAAGAAAAUGACAUCUCCUACCGCGUCAACCACGCGAAGUGGCCGUGCUGGUAGUACCUUAAUUGCAGGCAGUAAUGCUACUUCAGCCUCAGCAGCUCGUCGGUCUGUUAAUUCUUCCUCAGCUUCCUCUUCCACCACCCGUACAUCUCCUACCAGUAAGCGGAACUCUAUCACAUCUUCAAUCUCCACAGCGAAAAGAUCGACAGAAGUUAUGGCGGAGCUGAAGCAGUUAAAAGAAAAGGUGAGCAUUAUCUGAAAUGCCAAUACAGUGAAAAGAUUUGACAUUCAUAUUUAUCAAACUUGAUAGACU